AUAUGAACGGGCUCACGUAAUGGCGUCCGUUCGACCGCUCCUUGUCUGGAUUGUCGGCGACGAUCGAUCCUCGUUCUGAAAAUUAGGUUCUUACGAAUUGCAAGAGUUUCAUUAUUCUCGAUAACACGUCAUCUAUCAGUAGAGGAAAAUAUUAGGUCAACCAAUUGCGGAUGAUCCUUGCACCUGAGACUUGGAACAUAAUUUUUUUCUACUGGAACACGUUGCGUACGGUCAACACAUAACGUUUGGAUUUUCUAUUCGACCGCUUGCUUGAGACCGUGCCCGACUUUUCAUCCGACGAAUUUAAGCGACCACUUGCCACAGUCGCUCCGAACUAGCUGUUGGCAAUUUCAAAACAAACUGCAUUCGUAAACGUACUAUGUCCAAAAUAAUCCAUCUGCACAUCGCUGCAUACCCCUUUGAGACCAACUAAUUUCUUAAUGAAUGAUUUAUAAGUGUCUCAAAUAAUUAAAGAGAUUAUCUGUAUAUUCAUAAUCCAAGAAUAAUAUUCAGAUUUGAAAGAACGUACAAUGAGCCAAUCAUCAAAUAUGCACUCUGAGCGUACAACUUUAAAGAAAUCAGGUUUGACGCAAAAGGAAAUAACAAAUAAGGCAAGAAGUCACAAUUUGAAAACCAAAAGGUCAUUUGUGUGGCACUAUUUUGACCGUCGUGGAGUCACAGCAAAAUGCCGGGUUUGUCAGUAUGAGAUACGAAAUAAGAAAGGAAAUACUUCAUCUCUGAUACGUCACUUGCGCCAAGUUCACCAAAUUGAAAAAGGAAUAACGGUUAACGAUAUUACUUCGAUACCAACAAUUCAGAAGCAAUCUGGUAAUAUGGGAUCUCGUAUGCGAGACAGAGUGCUUAGCAGCUUUGAGGAGGACUGGAGGGGAAUUUGGCGAUGUAAACAUUGCAUUUAUGCUCUAGGGGGCAGAAAGUUGCUUACGAUGUUUCAUCACCUAAAAACUGCACACUGGAAAGCUAAUGGUCCAACUUUCAAUGAGUUUCUUUUAGAAAAUCAAGGCGACGAAACAGCUAUAUCUAAGAUGGAAGUUGAAGUAUCCUGCCCAGGGUCUUCUCAGUCAAUUAGCGAGUCUUUUCUCAUCCUGCAAAAUCUACCUGAUAAACAUGCUAGAGAGGAGCCCAGCCAGUUAGCCACGGAAUGCAGUGAGCAGUCCACAAAUGACCAUAAUUCGAAAAGAUUAGUUCCUCAAUUAGUAGAGAAUACCUCAGAUAAGACAUUAUUAAAGACUGCCCAACAAGAGUGGCAAUCUUUUCCUGAAUUACCUUCUGGCAGACCUUUUACCAGCAACCUUUUGGUUGGUGAUACAAUGACUGAUAAUAAGAUAAAAGUAAGUCUUGCGGAUGGGAAUGAAAUAGAUUGUCUUGUCAUAGGAAGAUCUGGCAAUCCAGAGAAGCUGGCACAUGGGCAAAAUGCUGUUAAUCUUGACCAUAAUUACCAUGAUGAGUCACGGACAGUUUCCCCAAUUAUUUUAGGAGAUCUCUCCUCUAAUUUGUGGACUGGGGAUAGGCACGAGGCAUCUAGGGAUGAUUUAGUCGACCCUCAGGUUCCCAUAGAUAAUGGCAGGGGAUUUGAUCACCAGUACUCUAGAAAAUCAAGUAUAAAGAGACAAGUGAGAGCUCCUAAAAGUUAUCCAGUUACUCGAGUAGCUUGUAAAAUCAGGCGUGAGGUUGAAUCAAUGAACAAUGAUGAUUUCGAUUUAUCGGGAUUGGAUAUUCAAGUUCCUUUGCAAAACAUUCCCAGCUUAACUACCGAUGUUAGAUGGGAUACAAAUGGUCAGCCAUCGAACUAUGAGUACAUCAAGACUGAGAAGGCUGGGGAAAAGCAGAAUGUUGGGGUGAUUACUUUGAACAGACCAAAAGCCCUAAAUGCUUUGUGCGAUGACCUAAUUCUUGAAGUGAAAGAUGCUGUGGAGAAAUUUGAUAAGGACAGCAGUAUUGGAGCAAUGAUCAUCACUGGUAGCGAAAAAGCAUUUGCUGCCGGUGCUGAUAUCAAGGCCAUGCAGAACCAGACAUUUUCACAGACAGUCAAUGGAAGAAUGCUCGAAGGCUGGUCCAGUAUUUCGGAUGCCAGUAAGCCUCUAAUUGCUGCUGUUAAUGGUUAUGCUCUUGGUGGUGGCUGUGAGCUUGCUAUGAUGUGCGACAUCAUCUAUGCCGGUGAAACGGCUCGAUUUGGACAGCCAGAAAUCAUUAUUGGCACUAUUCCCGGAGCUGGUGGCACCCAGAGGUUGACUAGGGUCAUUGGAAAAAGCAAGGCAAUGGAAAUGGUGCUCACUGGAAAUCAGAUCUCUGCUGUAGAAGCUGAAAAAUCUGGUUUGGUCUCAAAAGUUUUUCCACCAGAUCAGCUCUUGGCUGAAGCGGUCAAACUGGGAGAGAGAAUCGCAACUCAUUCGCAAAUUAUCGUUUCAUUAGCAAAGGAUUCGGUCAAUAGAGCAUAUGAAACAACCCUGCAGGAAGGUCUCCGCUACGAGAAAAAGAUCUUCUAUGGCACGUUUGCUACGGCUGAUCGUAAGGAAGGCAUGUCAGCUUUCAUUGAGAAGCGUCCGCCCAAAUUCAUCAACGAGUAGGUGAAAUGGAAUAAACUGAAAGGCCAUAAACAUUGCGAUAUAAUUUUGAAGUGUGAUACAGCCACGUUUUCAUGUAUACAUAUUUUUGUACGGAACCGAAUUUUAUUAUCACUUAAAUUUACUUAAGAGUUUAGAUAAGAUACCAUGAAUUCCAAUAAACUCUUGUUACCAAAGUA